CCCCUUGGAACAUUCAAAACAGAUCCUACAUUUGGGCAAAAAGGAAGCUCAACCACAUCCAAUACCUCAGACCACACAACAGUGUAGAAGGGAGAUUUGAAAGUGCAUGUGAAGAAACGCAUUAGAAGAGAAAAAAGAUGAGCAAAAAACAGACGGUGAAAUUAGACGAGGAGCAAAUCGCAGAAUUGCGCGAAAUCUUUCGGUCCUUCGAUCGGAACAAUGACGGGAGCCUGACGCAGUUGGAGCUGAGUUCGCUUCUGCGCUCGCUUGGUCUGAAGCCCAGUGCAGACCAACUCGAGGGAUUUAUUCAGAGGGCGGACACCAACAGCAAUGGCCUGGUGGAGUUCUCGGAGUUCGUUGCUCUGGUCGCGCCGGAGCUUCUGCCGGCCAAGUCGCCCUACACGGAAGAGCAGCUGAAGCAGCUGUUCCGAAUGUUCGAUCGUGACGGGAACGGCCUCAUCACUGCGGCGGAGUUGGCUCACUCCAUGGCUAGGCUUGGCCAUGCCCUCACCGCCGAGGAGCUGACCGGGAUGAUCAAAGAGGCCGACACCGACGGCGAUGGCAUGAUCAACUAUCAGGAGUUCGCUCAUGCUAUUACUUCCGCUGCUUUUGAUAAUUGCUGGCCUUAACCACUCUCUUUCUAGGUAAUAAUGUAAAUUCAAUUUUUUCGGGAGAAAUUACGAGAUUAGCGAUCCAUUUAAUAAGGGAGAAACUUUUUAUUCUUAUUUCAAGAAUUUGAGUUUAUAUUUUGCUAUAUUUUGAUGUACAACGAUGAUAAUAAGGAGCAAAUCUAAGUGCUUAUACAUCUAUUCCAACUUCUCCAACCUGACCCUAGUAAGUCUAAUAGUAUUACUACCUUUUUGUUGUA